CCGUAGACGAUUUGCACGUUCGUCCAUCCAACGUGUAACGAUAUACCGGUAGCGAGAUAGUUUCUGUCAUUUUUCUUUUUAUUUAGACGCGAUUAGAAUUUAUAUACGAAUAUGGACGAUAUUAUAUAAUGUGGACGAAUAUCUGUGUGAUCGGCAUUCUGUCUGUGAUUGGAAUUAGUGCACAUUCUGUUUCCGAUGAAGUUUUGCCAUGGUCCUUGGGAAAAGCCCUGCACGCGAAGAAACUCCCGUAUGCGUAUCAUGCAUCGUAUAACUGCGAAAAUGUAGGCCAUUUCCCGGACGUCCACAACUGCAAGCGAUUUUAUCAGUGUAACAUCUUCUUCGGACUACCUUUUGUUCAAAAUGUUUAUGAGUGCGAGAAUAAUCUGGUAUUCUCGAUCAACACAGAAACCUGUGUAACACCCGAACAGAGUGGUAGAUCGGAAUGCAGGGAAAGAGAUGCACCACCUGCAAAAAGGAAACCACAGCCGUCGGCUUCGCUUCAGGAACCACUAAAGAAAACUGAAGCACCACCUACGAAAGCAAAAUUAAAACCAACACCAACGCCAAAACCACAAUCACAAACAUCUAGAAAACCGCUAAAGAAGACUGCUAUACCACCGCUCCCACAACCGUCUCCGUCAUCUUCACCACCAUCUCCAAAACCGCAACCAGAACCACAACCGCUGGAUUCAUUAAUUUCCCAACCACCGCAGGAUCCUCUAACUCCGGCUGAAUUGCAACCGAAAGACGAGUCAAAACCGGGGCCGAAACCAGAAACAUCGUUGCUCAGUGUCACUGAACCGCUCGCACAAUGGCAUCAAGCUCCAAAACCCAACUCUGCAAUUUUGAAACCCAACGGCACAGCUCUGGAGCCCAAUGCCACAACUGUGAAACUCACUGCCAAACCUUUAGAAUCCAUCACCACAACUUUGGAACCCAAAGGCCUAACACCGGAACCUAUCGCCAAAACUUUGAAACCUACCACUACAAUUUUAAAACCCAACAUCACAGAAGACACGCCUAAAAAAAUUUUGCAAAUUAACAAAUCUAUGGUCGGAACCUCGAAUCCAAACAUCACAAAAAACAUACCGGAACAAACUAUUGAAAUCGAGAAACCUGUCAUUCCUGAUGUGAAACCCAACGUGACAAAAGGGCUAUUUGGACAAAUUUCUAAAACUGUGGAAACCGUCGACGUAACUUCGCAACCCAACAUCACAGAAAGCAUAUCUGAACAAGUUCCUGAAACCGAGAGAGCCGUCGUCGGAACUACCAAACCCAACAUCACAGAGGAUAUAACUGAACAAAACCCUGAACCCGAUAAACCUAUCGUCGCAGUUGUGAAACCGAAUAUCACGAAAGAGAUAGUUGAAAAUAUUCCUGAAAUUGAGAGAUUUACCGUCAGAACUACGACACCCAACAUCACAGAAGACAUAAGUCCACAAAUUCCUAAAAUCGAUAAACCUAUCAUCGCAACUUCGACACCUACAAUCCUAGAGAUCAUAUCUGAACAAAUUCCUGAAAGCGAGAAACCCGUCAUUUCAGAUAUGAAACCCAAAAUCGUAAAAGGGCUAUCUGGACAAAGUCCUGAAACUGUGCAAUCUGCCGUCAGAACUUCGACACCUGUCAUUACAGACGAUCUACUUAACGUAAUUACUGAAAUUGAAGAAUAUGCCAUCGAAACUUCGAAAUUGAACGAUACAGAGGACAUAUCUGAAGAAAUUCCAGAAAUUGGACAAUUUGUCGACAGACCUUCGGAGUCCAACAUCACAGAGGAAAUAUCUGAAACAAUUCCUAAAAUUGAGGAAGCUAUCGAUGGAACUUUAGCACCUAACAUUACAAAGGCCAUAACUGAAAAAAUUCCAGAAUCUAAGAAAGCCGACGACGAAACUUCGAUUAUCAACAUCACAGAGGGAAUAUCUGAAAAAAUUCCUAAAAUUGAGAAAGCUGUCGAUGGAACUUUACCACCUGACAUAGCAGAGGAUAUGUCUGAACAGAUUCCUCAAUCUAAAGAAGCUGUCGAUGGAACUUCGAACCCCAACAUCGCAGAGGGAAUAUCUGAACAGAGUCCUCAAUCUAAAGAAGCCACUCACGAAACUUUGAUCCCCAACAUCUCAGAGGGAAUAUCUGAAAAAAUUCCUGAAAUUGAGAAAGCUAUCGAUGGAACUUUAGUACCUAACAUCACAGUGGGCAUAUCUGAACAGACUUCUCAAUCUAAAAAAGCCACUGACGAAACUUCGAUCCCCAACAUCUCAGAGGGAAUAUCUGAAAAAAUUCCUGAAAUUGGGGAAACUGUCGAUGGAACUUCGGAGCACAACAUCAUAGGAGGGCUAUUUGGAGAAAUUGUUGGAUCGGAGAAACCUGUAGUCGGAACUUCGAACCCCAAAAUCACAGAGAGUAUAUCUGAAACAAUUCCUUAUAUUGAAGAAACUGUCGAUGGAACAUUAGCACCUAACACCACAGGGGGCAUAUCUGAACAGACUCCUCAAUCUGAAAAAGCCACUCACGAAACUUCGAUGACCAACAUCACUGAGGGCGUAUCUGAACAGACUUCUCAAUCUAAAGAAGCCGCCCACGAAACUUCCAUGCCCAACAUCUCAGAGGGAAUAUCUGAACAGACUCCUCAAUCUAAAGAAACCGCCCACGAAACUUUGAUCCCCAACAGCACAGAGGGAAUAUCUGAACAGACUCUUCAAUCUAAAGAAGCCGUCCACGAAACUUUGAUCCCCAACAGCACAGAGGGAAUAUCAGAAAAAGUUCCUGAAAUUAUAGAAGCUACCGAUGAAACUUUAGCACCUAACAUCACCGAGGGUAUAUCUAAACAGACUUCUCAAUCUAAAGAAGCCGCCCACGAAACUUCGAUGCCCAACAUCAUAGAAGGACUAUUUGGAGAAAUUGUUGGAUCGGAGAAACCUGUGGUUGGAACUUCGAACUCCAAUAUCACAGAGGGUAUAUCUGAAAAAGUUCCUGAAAUUGAAGGAGCUCUCAAUGGAACUUUAGCACCUAACAUCACAAAGGGCAUAUCUGAACAGACUCCACAAUCUGAAAAAGCCAUUCACGAAACUUCGAUGCCCGACAUAUCAGAGGGAAUAUCAGAACAGACUCCUCAAUCUAAAGAAGCCGCCCACAAAACUUCGAUGCCCAACAUUACAGUGGGAAUAUCUGAAAAAAUUCCUGAAAUGGAGGAAGCUGCCGAAGGAACUUCGGAGCCCAACAUCAUAGAAGGACUAUUUGGAGAAAUUAUUGGAUCGGAGAAACCUGUAGUUGGAACUUCGAACUCCAACAUCACAGAGGGUAUAUCUGAAAAAGUUCCUGAAAUUGAGGAAGCCGUCAAUGGAACUUUAGCACCUAACAUCACAGAGGGCAUAUCUGAACAGACUCCUCAAUCUAAAGAAACCGACCACGAAACUUCGAUGCCCAACAUCUCAGAGGGAAUAUCAGAACAGACUCCUCAAUCUAAAGAAGCCGCCCACAAAACUUCGAUGCCCAACAUUACAGUGGGGAUAUCUGAAAAAAUUCCUGAAAUGGAGGAAGCUGCCGAAGAAACUUCGGAGCCCAACAUCAUAGAAGGAAUAUUUGGAGAAAUUGUUGGAUCGGAGAAACCUAUAGUUGGAACUUCUAACUCCAACAACACAGACGGUAUAUCUGAAAAAGUUCCUAAAAUUGAGGGAGCCCUUAAUGGAACUUUAGCACCUGACAUCACAAAGGGCAUAUCUGAACGGACUCCUCAAUCUGAAAAAGCCAUUCACGAAACUUCGAUGCCCAACAUCUCAGAGGGAAUAUCUGAAAAAAUUCCUGAAAUGGAGGAAGCUGCCGGAGGAACUUCGGAGCCCAACAUCAUAGAAGGACUAUUUGGAGAAAUUGUUGGAUCGGAGAAACCUAUAGUUGGAACUUCGAACUCCAACAUCACAGAGGGUAUCUCUGAAAAAAUUCCUGAAAUUGAGGAAGCUCUCAAUGGAACUUUAGCACCUAACAUCACAGAGGGCAUAUCUGAACAGACGUCUCAAUCUGAAAAAGCUAUUCACGAAACUUCGAUGCCCAACAUCUCAGAGGGAAUAUCAGAACAGAGUUCUCAAUCUAAAGGAGCCGCCCACAAAACUUCGAUUCCCAAAAUCACAGUGGGGAUAUCUGAAAAAAAUCCUGAAAUGGAGGAAGCUGCCGAAGGAACUUCGGAGCCCAACAUCAUAGAAGGACUAUUUGGAGAAAUUGUUGGGUCGGAGAAACCUGUAGUUGGAACUUCGAACUCCAACAACACAGAGGGUAUAUCUGAAAAAGAUCCUGAAAUUGAGGGGGCUCUCAAUGAAACUUUAGCACCUAACAUCACAAAGGGCAUAUCUGAACAGACUUCUCAAUCUAAAGAAGCCGCCCACAAAACUUCGAUGCCCAACAUCACAGUGGGGAUAUCUGAAAAAAUUCCUGAAAUGGAGGAAGCUGCCGAAGGAACUUCGGAGCCCAACAUCAUAGAGGGGCUAUUUGGAGAAAUUGUUGGAUCAGAGAAACCUGUAGUUGGAACUUCGAACUCGAACAACACAGAGGGUAUAUCUGAAAAAGUUCCUGAAAUUGAGGGAGCUCUCAAUGAAUCUUUAGCACCUAACAUCACAGAGGGCAUAUCUGAACAGACUCCUCAAUCUAAAGAAGCCGCCCACGAAACUUCGAUGCCCAACAUCACAGUGGGAAUAUCUAAAAAAAAACCUGAGAUGGAGGAAGCUGCCGAAGGAACUUCGGAGCCCAACAUCAUAGAGGGGCUAUUUGGAGAAAUUGUUGGAUCGGAGAAACCUGUGGUUGGAACUUCGAACUCCAACAUCACAAAGGGUAUAUCUGAAAAAGUUCCUGAAAUUGAGGGAGCUCUCAAUGGAACUUUAGCACCUAACAUCACAGAGGGCAUAUCUGAACAGACUCCUCAAUCUGAAAAUGCCACUCACGAAACUUCGAUGACCAACAUUUCAGAGGGAAUAUCAGAACAGAGUCCUCAAUCUAAAGAAUCCGCACACGAAACUUCGAUGCCCAACAUCACAGUGGGAAUAUCUAAAAAAAAACCUGAAAUGGAGGAAGCUGCCGGAGGAACUUCGGAGCCCAACAUCAUAGAGGGGCUAUUUGGAGAAAUUGUUGGAUCGGAGAAACCUGUGGUUGGAACUUCGAACUCCAACAUCACAGAGGGUAUAUCUGAAAAAGUUCCUGAAAUUGAGGGGGCUCUCAAUGAAACUUUAGCACCUAACAUCACAAAGGGCAUAUCUGAACAGACUUCUCAAUCUAAAGAAGCCGCCCACAAAACUUCGAUGCCCAACAUCACAGUGGGGAUAUCUGAAAAAAUUCCUGAAAUGGAGGAAGCUGCCGAAGGAACUUCGGAGCCCAACAUCAUAGAGGGGCUAUUUGGAGAAAUUGUUGGAUCAGAGAAACCUGUAGUUGGAACUUCGAACUCGAACAACACAGAGGGUAUAUCUGAAAAAGUUCCUGAAAUUGAGGGAGCUCUCAAUGAAACUUUAGCACCUAACAUCACAGAGGGCAUAUCUGAACAGACUCCUCAAUCUAAAGAAGCCGCCCACGAAACUUCGAUGCCCAACAUCACAGUGGGAAUAUCUAAAAAAAAACCUGAGAUGGAGGAAGCUGCCGAAGGAACUUCGGAGCCCAACAUCAUAGAGGGGCUAUUUGGAGAAAUUGUUGGAUCGGAGAAACCUGUGGUUGGAACUUCGAACUCCAACAUCACAGAGGGUAUAUCUGAAAAAGUUCCUGAAAUUGAGGGGGCUCUCAAUGAAACUUUAGCACCUAACAUCACAGAGGGCAUAUCUGAACAGACUCCUCAAUCUGAAAAUGCCACUCACGAAACUUCGAUGACCAACAUUUCAGAGGGAAUAUCAGAACAGAGUCCUCAAUCUAAAGAAUCCGCACACGAAACUUCGAUGCCCAACAUCACAGUGGGAAUAUCUAAAAAAAAACCUGAAAUGGAGGAAGCUGCCGAAGGAACUUCGGAGCCCAACAUCAUAGAGGGGCUAUUUGGAGAAAUUGUUGGAUCGGAGAAACCUGUGGUUGGAACUUCGAACUCCAACAUCACAGAGGGUAUAUCUGAAAAAGUUCCUGAAAUUGAGGGAGCUCUCAAUGGAACUUUAGCACCUAACAUCACAGAAGGCAUAUCUGAACAGACUCCUCAAUCUGAAAAUGCCACUCACGAAACUUCGAUGACCAACAUCACCUCGGGCAUAUCUGAACAGACUUCUCAAUCUAAAGAAACCGAGCACGAAACUUCGAUCUCCAACAUCUCAGAGGGAAUAUCAGAACAGAGUCCACACUCUAAAGAAGCCGGCCACAAAACUUCGAUGCCCAACAGUACAGAGGGAAUAUCUGAAAAAGUUCCUGAAAUUAUGGAAGCUACCGAUGAAACUUUAGCACCUAACAUCACCGAGGUCAUAUCUAAACGGACUCCUGAAUCUAAAGGAGCCGUCAACAGAACUCCGAACCCCAACAUCACAGAGGACAUAUCUCAAGAAAUUCCUGAAAGUGGAGAAGCUGUCGAUAGAACUUCGACACCUAACAUCACAAAGGGAAUAUCUGAAAAAAUUCCUGAGAUUGAGGAAACUAUCGAUGGAACUUUAGCACCUAACGUCACAGAAGUCAUAUCUAAACAGACUCCUGAAUCUAAAGGAGCCGUCAACAGAACUCUGAACCUCAACAUCACAGAGGGAAUAUCUGAAGAGUUUCCUCAAUCUAAAGAAGCCGUCGACGAAACUUCGAACCCCAACGUCACAAAGGGAAUAUCUGAAAAAAUUCCUGAAAUGGAGGAGGCUGUCAUUGAAACUUCGCAACCUAACAUCACAGGAGUACUAUAUGAUGAUGUUGCUAAAGCGGGGAGAAGAGAUCCUUCUAAUGAUACUGACGAUCAACAUUCCACGAAUGCUGCGUUAUCGAUAACUACGGUUUCCUUGCCCAAGGGAAUCAACGAACAACAAGAUUGUGUCAAAGAGGGUUUCUUCCCUGAUUCCGAGGAUUGUUCGAAAUUUUAUAGAUGCGUACUAUACGGAGAUUCCUUGGUUAGGUACCAGUUCUCUUGUCCCGUUGGAACGUUUUGGGACGAUCAGCUGGAAACAUGCAAUUUCCCAAAGAGAAUUAAGUCCAAAGGUUUAUGCAAACGCCGGAUAUACGCUGCAUCUCUAGUACCUGAAUUUUCAAAGUUCAAAAUUGAAGACAGUCCUGAUAUUGGCAAUCUAAGCGUAGAUAGGUUCUGUAUCAUUUGUCCAAGUGGUUUUCGGCGACAUCCGAAAUAUUGCAAUAUAUUCUAUCAGUGUGUUAAUAACGGCGAUAUGAUGGUGAAUAUCAUGCCGUUUGCGUGUCCAAGAGGCUCCGUUUUUGACGAGGAAAAAUUGUUGUGCUCAUCAGGAACAGACGAUUGCGCGAAAUUUUCACUUCACAAACUGCCUGAUUCGAUUACAGUCAUAAACCGCUUAAAUGAGGUAUUAUGUACAAGCGAGGGGCGGUUCCCAUAUGAAGAACCUUGUUCGAGCAAAUAUUUCAAAUGUAUACGUAACGAACGAGGAGCGCUCGAAGGAUACCUACUAGAUUGUCCGCCGAAAUAUGCGUACUCACCAGUUUCGGGUAAUUGCGUACCUUCAGAGACAUAUCCAUAUUGCGCGAACUAUUAUUAAAUUAACGAUAAUAUUGAAUCUUAAUUACUUUGUAAUUUUACACUCGUCACAAUGUGGUGAUUGCUGUAACGUGUUGGAGUUUAAAAAUAUCUACUUUUUGACUCAAAUUUAA